CAGUUCUGCGCUAGUGCCAUUCGAUCACCAGGAUGUUUAAUUCUUUAAAUGUACACGUAAGUCUUAAGAUCGAGUUGUGUAUAUGCAGUUGAUCGAAGGAACAUGGCUGCACUACGAUCUGUGGUGCUGUUAAUAGUGUUCACGGGGAUACGAUCGGAAAAGACCAUUUUCGACGCAGAUUCAUACACAGUGGUAGAUCCCUCAACGGUCAGCAAUCCAACCGAAUAUGAGGAUCCAACAAAUUGCGGGAGCAAGUUAUACAGUAUGGCCGUUGAAAAGGAUAAGAACAUGGCGGUGAGCAUUCGAGUGGCGGACUUCAAUAAAGGAAAUGCGGACUAUUUUCGGGCCCAUCCGUCUCUAGCUUUGUGUCUGCAAAAAGUUUUCUCAAGAGUGUACGACGUCACAAAAGAAAAGCUUAAAAUCGACAAUGGAUACGAAACUAAUACGGUGGCAAGCAGUCAUACCGAUCCCGACAAGAGAAAUUACCUCCGCAGCGGAUGUGGUGCCGUCAUAUCGUAUAGAACUUCCGGUGACAUCAGCGAGAUAUCAAAGGCUGCUUUGAAUUUAUGUCCCAUCAUAUUUGAAGAAAACCAAAGGGACAUUGGUAUUUAUGUAGACUCCACCAAAGUCUUACUGUUUAUGACGGGAGACAUUACCACCACUCCAGUAUAUCAAGGUGGUGGCCUUACAGCGACAAGUGCACAAGCUCUUGUGAACGAAGGAUUGGCUCCUAAAAGCAUUCCGGAUUGCAGCAAUUUUCCGGAAAUUUCCUCGGGAACAGAAUAUCCAACAGGGAAAACUGACCCCACGUCUGUUGUGGGGGUGGUAGACGAAGCUGUCACCCCGGCGAUGGAUACAGACGUUAGAAGAUUGGCUCAAUAUUUUGGAACAGAUGUAGAUUUCGCAGGAUGUCAGCCUUAUCCGGGAAAUUUCCUGACUAACAGAUGCCCAGUUCGCGUGAUGAACCCACGACUUUUCAAUGUCCUCGUCAAUUUGAAAGCUUACGCGAAAAAUGCCAAUUUAGGCGGUCCAGGAGGCAAAAUAACUGUGGAUGAAGCUUGGAACGAGGGAACAGACUCUAGCAGUCUGCGAGCAGAAGGACGGAUGAUCAAAGUUAAGCUUUCUGCUGGAAACACAGCUGGGAACCUUGGAAAACUCGCCCAGUUGGCCAUCUGUGCUAAAGCUGACCAUGUUUCAAACUCAGGCUCUUACAUUUUGAUAUCGGUGAAGAAACAGAAAGGAAGAAAAGAGGUCAUGGUUAAUUUCCCAAAAGCGAGUUUGGUGUCUGUUGAACCACCAUCUUCCAAAGCGGAAGUGUACGCACUGCCCACAGAAAUGAUGGACGAGGAAGACCAAUAUCCACUAUUCGACUCCAGCGGAAGAUUGGAUGUUCAAGUUAGUCAAGGGGCAACGCUUUCAAAAUUCAUGGCCAAGGACACCCAAUUUCGCUAUCUCCGUUUGGAGCCUGCCAUUGCUCAGUGCUAUUCUAAACUGAUAUACAAUGAAAACAAGUGGCUAAACGCUUCCGACCCACCAAUUGAUAUCGACAUUGUACGAGCCUUCAUGUCUAACGAGGAGCAGAAGUCACUGAUUCAGAGUUCCGACGAGCGCUACAACACCCACACUCUGGGUCAGGCACUGGAGCUGAGAUACGCCAGCACCGUCCAGAAUUCCACGUCAGUCUACAACAACGUCAGACUACUGAAAAAGAUCGUGGACGUCUGCGGUCCAGUAUUCCAUAACUACGGCUUCAACAUGAACCUCGGGUUAUACCCCAAGUCUGUCUAUGUCAGCAUGGAUGAGGAUCAGUUCCUGUUUUGGUCCAGCUCCGAGUCACUGAUCCCACAAGGGUUUACCGAGCAAGAGUUUGAUCUGUAUCUUGAGGCCAGAAGAGAGGCUGCACUACAGUCGAGAAUCGUAGACCCAGACGAUCUGAAAGAAGCCUGUUUCGAACCGGCUGUGCCACAACGUCAACACAUCCGUUACAAGUACAAGGAACCAAAAGCUAUUCUUCGAAAGAGAAGAAGGAGGAGGCAGACAGCAGACGCGUGUGUGCCGUCUGAUAGUACCGACUUCUGUACCUCCACCCUCAAACACAGGCAGGCCGUGGUGGAUGAGCUGUGGACCCUGAUGUCUAAGAACAAACACAUUUACCACGAACCAGAGAGUGAGGUGGAAGACGCACUGAAAGGAUGCUUGUUGGCUUGUGGGACUUGUUUGGAAGGCGCCAUCUACGAGAAAAAACUAGAACACUGCAGCAACUUGAUUCACUGGAUGCCCUUUGACCUCAUGAAUGACCAAAAAGAUAUGACGAAUUUCUUUGCACGAGAUAAUUUGGAUACAUUUGCUCUUGCAUGUGAAGGCAGUGGUCAUUGUUUAUUGCGGGCACCCAUCUUCUCUAUUCUUGCUCCUAGCGUGAAACUUCGAUAUCGGCCAGACCCUGCCAGAAGUGUAAUUGAGGACCUGUAUUCCUCCGAGGAGAAUCCCAGCCCCAUGCUUUCGCUACUUGAGGAGUUGUAUGCCAUUCACGCUAUUGGGGUCACCAAAUUCUGGGUCAAGGACGAAAAGGAAAUCAGUUCAAUGAAGCUCGCCUUACAGGCGGCGCUGAUGUACAACCCUGAUGUCACAGAAGUCCACAUCUACGUCACACAGUCCAACAGCAAGUCCCCCGUCCAGGGGGAAGUUGAGAAGUUCGUAAAGGAGUUUGCCCAGGGUGGCUGUCCCACGUAUACCCGGGAAAUUUUGUCGCCUUUCCGAAUUAUGGACCCGCCCCACAGUGUAAGAAAAAGAAGUGCCUUGCUGCUAGGAAAAGGAAGCGAAGAGAUGAUGAGAAAAAGUCUCAGUCGAGAAAUUGACGAAUUUUCUCGAGAGGCCCCUUAGAGCCCCCCAUGUAAACAAAGCUCUUUUUAUAAACUUUUUCAAGCAAAAUGUGAUGAACUAUGAGUAUUAUGAUUAUAAAAUGGCAUCAGAUUGGUUGUAUUUUGCUGAAACACGAUAAUUAUUGUUAUUCAUUUGUUAAAUCCAAAAUAUAUUGGGUUUUUUAGUCGGAAUUAAUAUAACAACAAAAAACCUUUCUCAGUAAAAUGAAGAUCGAUGUCAUUUUGAAAUAUUCAAACACUAUAUGUUGACUGUAUGUUUCUUGCAUAUUGUUAUCUGUCUUCCUAUUUUCUUAAUACACAGUGUUAACUCUG